CCCGCUAAAUAGAGCUCAUCAUCAUUCCUUUUCUUCACUAACUUUUCUUUUAUGUCUUCCUCUCUUUUUUUUUCCCCCACCUUUAUCUCUCUCCUCCAGUCAUGCUCCCCACAAACUUAUGAACUUGCUCUCUCUCUCUCUCUGUCCCUCCACUUCCCUUCUUUUCUCUCCUCUCCUCCGCAGAGCAAGAGCAACUUACAGCUCUUUUGUUGUACUUUUUCUCUCCGGCGAUCAAAGAGCUAUUCUCUUCUCCCGACGUCCGAUUCACGGCGCCGGAAUGAUUUAGAAUGGCCGUCCGGACGUCCAAGAGUGGGAGCGGUUUUGUCUCUUGUAAAGCCAAGCUAAUUAGAAGAUUCUCCAACUUGCAAAUAUAAUUCCACCCGCCCAUUAAGUAUCUUCGAGGGAGUUUCGGAGAAGCGGCGGCGGCGGUGGAGCGAGUGGCAGUCCGGCGGCGCAUCACUUGGUAGCUCCAAGUUACCUGUUACUACCUGUUUUUUUCAUCUUUCUCCUAAAUUGGGCAGCUUAGUGAAUGGCUUACUGAAAAUAAUAAAAGGGGAAAAUCUUCAGCUCUUGUUUCCUUCGGUUCUGGAAACUUUCAAUGAUUUUGAGAAGUUUCUGAGCCAAAACAGAGAGCAUCCAUAGCAGGGCACAAAGGAAGAAGAAGAAGAAGAAAAAAUACAGAAGCUAAGGGUAGAACUAAACUAGCCAUGAAGUUUAUGAAGCUUGGUUCCAGGCCAGACACCUUCUAUUCUUCUGAAGCUGUCAGGUCUGUCUCUUCGGAAGUUUCCAGUGAUCUAAUCAUCCAAGUUAAAGGAUGUAGAUACCUGCUUCACAAGUUUCCUCUGCUUUCCAAGUGCAUAAGACUCCAGAAGCUAUGUUCAGAGACGCCAGAAACCUCCUCCCAGCACCAAACCCUCCAGCUCCCAGAUUUCCCAGGCGGGCUCGACGCAUUUGAGCUCUGUGCAAAAUUCUGCUAUGGGAUCACAAUCACACUGAGUGCCCACAACAUAGUGGCUGCUAGGUGUGCGGCUGAGUACCUCCAGAUGACGGAAGAAGUGGAGAAAGGCAACUUAAUCUACAAGCUUGAAGUCUUCCUCAACUCCUGCAUUCUCCAAGGUUGGAAGGACUCAAUUGUGACGCUCCAGACCACAAAGGCCUUCCCUUUAUGGUCAGAGGAGCUCGGAAUCACAGCCAGAUGCAUCGAAGCAAUCGCCUCCAAAGUUCUCUGCAGCCCUUCUAAAGUCAGUCUGUCGCAUAGCUAUUCGAGAAGAGGAGGAAGGGAUGAUGUUUCAUGUAAUGGUGGUGGUGGUGGUGGAGACAGCCAGAGGCAUAGUUUGAAGCCAGUGAAUAAAGGGUGGUGGGCUGAGGACAUGGCUGAAUUAGGGCUGGACUUGUAUUGGAGGACCAUGAUUGCUGUGAAAUCUGGUGGGAGAGUGAAGUCAAGCUUAGUAGGCGAGGCUUUGAAGAUAUAUGCAGCUAGAUGGUUGCCUAAGAUACAAGUACCAGCAGUACCUAUUGGUCCUGGUAGUGAUUCUGAUUCUGAUUCAGGAGAUGAGGCGAAUAAUAGUAACUCAAAGCAUAGGCUGAUUUUGGAGUCCAUCAUCAACUUGUUACCGGCUGACAAGGGCGCGGUGACUUGUAGCUUUUUGCUCAAGCUAUUGAAGGCAGCCAACAUUCUGAAUGCAAGUUCAACAUCCAAGGUGGACUUGGCCAGAAGGGUUGGGCUUCAACUGGAGGAAGCUAAUGUGAAUGAUUUGUUGAUACCUUCGGUUUCGUAUUCGAGUGGUGGGUUAAUAUAUGAUGUGGAGUUGGUUAUGAUCAUAUUGGAGCAGUUCAUGUUGCAAGGGCAAAGCCCUCCAACUAGCCCUCCAAGAUCCAAGCUAGGGUUUGAGAGAAGGCAAAGGUCGAGGUCAGCUGAGAACAUUGACUUGGAUUUUCAAGAGAGCAGAAGGUCGUCCUCAGCUUCUCAUAGCUCCAAGUUAAAAGUGGCUAAGCUUGUGGAUAGUUACCUUCAAGUAAUUGCCAGGGAUGUGAAUUUGCCACUGUCGAAGUUCUUGGUAAUUGCUGAGACCAUACCAGAGUUCUCCAGGCCUGACCAUGACGAUCUCUACAGAGCCGUUGACAUUUAUCUCAAGGCACAUCCAGACAUGAACAAGACUGAAAGGAAAAGGUUAUGUAGAACCCUAAACUGCAAGAAACUAUCCGUGGAAGCCUGUAUGCAUGCAGCUCAAAAUGAGUUGCUCCCUUUAAGAGUAGUGGUACAAGUUCUCUUCUUUGAGCAAGCUAGAUCAGCAAUGGCUGGUGGUGGCAAAGUCACUGAGCUCCCUAGCAACAUUAAAGCACUCUUAGCCUCACAUGGAAUCAACCCAUCAAGACCGGGGGCGCCAUUAAGCACCACUGCCAGCGUUGCAGCAGAGGAUCAAUGGAGUAGUAUCUCUGGGUUGAAAUCUCCCAAAUCAAAGCUCUCAACUUUGAGGAUGAAAUUGGCUGAAGAUGAUGAUGAUUUGGAUGGAGUUGACAUGCAGUCAGAAGGUGGGCUUGGUAGUAGGUCUUCAAAGUUCAAAGCUUUCUGUGCCAUCCCAUCUAGACCUAAGAAGAUGUUCAGCAAGUUUCUGUCUAUUAGCAGAAGUUCUAGUGAAAAGCAUAGAGAGUGAAGAAGCAAUAAUAAGUAUCGUAAUUUUGGGAAGUUUAGCUCAAAUCCACUUUUGUUCUUUGUUUCUUUUGGAUCCAAUCAGGGGAAAUUGGUUCCUACGUGUAUGGUAUAGCUGGUUAAAGAAGAACAAGAAGAAGAGAAGCCUAAUGUGCAUUGUUGAUAUGAUCUAUGUCACAUUAUGGAAAUCAAUCAAAAUCAGGAAUUAUCAAUCUGGCAAAAUGCAUGGUUCUCUUCACUUGGUUCCAAUUUGCAGGCAUUAUUUGGGCCAGAACCCAUCUGGAUUUUGUCUCUAUUAUCCCAAGCCAGCAUCAGAAUUCUGAUCCUUGAUGCUUCUCUCCAAGCCUGUUCUUCCAUGUGAAAUAAUAAUUGACUUGGGGG